CUCAGCCAGGUCUGGGUUGCUUGAGAUUGGCGGCCAUGAAGAGAACUUGUCACACGCUGGUGUUUUCCCUGCUUCUCUUAGUGCACUUGUGCCGAGAAUGUCACAAAACGUUUGCGCUCAUAAAGCAGGUCGGUUCGUACUUUCUCCGUCAGCAGUCAGGCUUAAACAUUCAUAGCCCUGCGUUUGAACAGAGAGACCGGGACGUGGUCUUUAGCAAAAAGGAGCUCAAGACAGAAGGCUUGGGACUUGAUCCGACACAAGAGGAAAAAACACUUGCUUCACUGCUCAAAGCCGCUGGUGACGAGAAACGAGGAAAGAAUGGGAAGUGGCAAGAUAUGUUUGCCAAGUACUCAGGGUCGAACCCAAUAGUUGUCAAUGCUGCAAUGCAGGCGGCUCUGAAACAGAGGGACUACGACGAAGGCUUGAACAUCUACUACAACAGGGUCAGAUACAUGACCUUGCCUACAUUUUCGAUAGCAAUGAAACUUCUUGGAAAAUGUGGGCACCUUGAUGAAGUUGAAAGGCUUUGGGAAGAACUCGUUGGGCUGAAUCUGGUCAACCAAGUCCUGGCUGCAGCACGCAUUGAUGCAGCUGCAGAUGAUGGAGACAUGGGUGGGGCAGAAUCCGUCCUGAACUACAUGGUUGAAAAAGAUAUCGAGGCAAAUGUUGUACAUUUUACAUCAACCAUCAGGGCUUGUGCGAAUGCCAAAGAGGAUUUGGAAAGGGCAGCUGGAGAAAACAAAGGGCCAUUGUUGCAGACAUCAGGACGCUGGAUUUGGCUGACCUACAAACAGCAAAGUGCUUUGUUGACGAGCUCAGGGAUGCAAAUGUUUGCUUAAACAAGUCCUGCAAGAAUAUCGAAGCUGCCAUUCGGAUGGUCCUGAGAAAUCAAUGAUUUCAGCCUGAUUGAUCUGGCCUCACCACAGCAUGCUUUUGCAUCAAUGCAGCUUUCGGCAUUCAGCCCAUUUUGCCAGAGUAGCUUCUGCAGUUAUGCCGUGCUGGUGAAUGCGCGCAGCAGCAGCAAUCUAAGCAAAGAUUUGAUUUGUGGACCAAAAA